AACUUGAUGCUUCGAAUGAAUUUACUUGCAUUCUUUGUUGCGGCCGUGCAAAUACACAGCGUGACUACGCGUGUCAUUCACACGCUCAAUUAUUUCAUGACGGCUUCUCGAAAUGGGACGCUACCAGAGUACUUGGUGAUGGCGUAUGUUGAUGGCGUUCAGAUUCUGCAGUUUGACAGCAACCACAGGAAAACAAAAGCCAAACAUGACUGGGUGAACAAAAUCACAGAAGAUAGUCCGCACUUCUGGGAGAUAGAGACAGCGAUCAAUAUUAUGAAUGAGCAGAUCAUGAAAGGCAACAUUGAAACCGCUAAAAAGCACUUCAACCAAACUGGAGGUGUUCACAUGAUUCAGGUGAUGAAAGGCUGUGAAUGGGACGAUGAGACGGGUGAGGUUGAUAGUUGGGAGCACUACCGUUACGAUGGAGAAGACUUCCUACCAUUUGAGGCGAAGACGAUGACAUGGAUCGCAGCACAUCCACAAGCUUUCAUCACCAAAUUGAAGUGGGACCAAAUUGACGGGCUUAAUAAAGUCAAGAAGAUUACCCACACUAAGAAGUGUCCUGUUGUGUUGAAGACACAUUUGAGGAACGGGAGGGACUUCCUGACGAGAACCGAGCUUCCCAAGGUGUUUCUCCUGCAGAAGACCCCUUUCUCUCCGGUCACCUGCCACGCCACGGGUUUCUACCCCAGGACAUCGUCCCUCUUUUGGAGGAAGAACGGCAAGGAGAUCCACAAGGACGUGGAGAUGGGGGCGACCCUCCCAAACCACGAUGGAACCUUCCAGACCUCGGCCCACCUGAAAGUGGAGGUGACGCCCGCCGCGGAGCGGGAGUACGAAUGCGUGUUCCGGCUGGCCGGCGUCUCGGAAGACAUCGUCAUCAAGCUGGACGCCGGAAGCAUCCUGAGCAACCAGGCUUUGCCUUGUGAAAAAGAGCAAGACAGGAAGAAGGAGGUGCCCAUCUAUAUCCUGUUGGUGACUAUUUAUGUGAUGGCGGUGAUGUCGACGAUGGUGUUGGCGGUGAUGGGCCCUGCCGUGCGUCAAGAAAAGGGAAGUUGGAAGAAGCCGGUGGUCAACGCCACCUUAUGUGCGAUGAUCCUCGUUCUGGGGCCGAUGGUGAUCGGAUGUCUGGUGUGGAUGGCGGUGUGGAUGGCGGUGAUGAUGGCUGUGGUGAUGGUGGUGGUGGUGAUGUCCAAGGCCAUACAUCUCAUAAGCAAAUUAGCCAUAUACGCUCAAGCUUAUAAAGAGGAGAAGCAAAAAAGAAAAGAAGAAGAAGAAAGACAAUUAAGUGUUGGAAUUCUUUCAGAGGAUUUUCUCAUUGCACCGCAUUUGGAAAUCCAGACGUUUUUCUUCUUCAAGUCAACAAUCAUUAUGAUUCUGUCAAGUUUCUGCUGAUCACCCAAAACCUGAAGACUAUGGCCGACCCAAGUGGAAAGUCUCUUGUUUGUUCACUUUGGUUUUGUGCAAUUAAACAAAUCAAGUCAGUGGUUUCCACCGGUUGGAAGUCGCAUCAUAAAAGUUGAUAUCUGGAUGAAUUUGAUUCUUUAAAAACCUUAAGACUCUUUAAUCAAGCAAUUUAUUAGUAUGAAAUACAUUUUUAAAAAAU